AUGGAGAGCAGCAAGACGAGCGAUGGACAGGCGGAACAAUUGAAAAGGAGGCUAAAAGAUUUGGAUCUGCAAGAGGGCGAUGUGGACGAGCAACGCAGCGAUGCUGGUAGCGAUGUGGCGGUCAGACCGGUGGCGCACGAAAAGAUUUUGGAAGAGUGGCGCGCAAAGGAAGCGGCGGAUGGGAGGAGGAGCAUGAGCUUGGUCGUUGUUGGUGAGUCGUCGAUGCGUUCGCACGCGCGUAACUCAAGAGUCAGGCCAGGUGCCUGGGUCGGGAGCGCACGCUUACUUGCAAACCCGCGUGCAGGUCACGUCGAUGCUGGCAAGUCGACAUUGAUGGGCCGACUGUUGCACGAGUUGGGAUCGCUCACGGACAAAGCGUAUCAAGCCAAUGCUCGAGCAUCCUCCAAAGCCGGCAAGGGUUCUUUUGCGUACGCAUGGACGCUCGACUCGUCAGAGGAGGAGCGCAGUCGGGGAGUGACGAUCGACAUUGCUCACGACACUUUUGACACGCCUCAUAGGCGGUUCGCGCUGCUCGACGCUCCGGGUCAUCGAGAUUUUAUACCCAACAUGAUCUCGGGAGCAGCCAUGGCCGAUGCUGGGCUGCUCGUAGUGGACGCCAGCUUGGGUGCUUUCGAAGCCGGUUUUGGCGAUAAGGGUCAGACGAGGGAGCAUGCAGUCUUGCUGAGGAGCUUGGGCACGUCUCAGAUCGUCGUCGCUGUCAACAAGCUAGAUGCGGUAGCUUACGAUCAGAACAGGUUUACCGAAAUCGUCGACAAGGUGAAGAAUUUUCUUGCUAGCAUAGGCUUCGAUACGGCUGGAGGAGAGGGAGCAAGCGGGGUCAGAUUCGUGCCUUGUGGCGCUGCUAUAGGAGAAAACCUUAGCCAGCGGAGCCAGAGCGGCGAUCUCGCAAGGUGGUAUCGAGGACCUACAUUGGUGGAGGUGCUCGGUAAGCUCCAGUCGCAGUGGCGGCUGCAGGGCUCUCCUCGGACUCACACGUCUCGUCGCCCCGCAGAUACCUUGACUCCACCGACGAGAACUAUCGAUGCGCCAUUGCGCAUACCAGUCACCAAUGUCUUUAAAUCUGGUCAAGUCACCGCAAUCUCUUCUGGACUGGGUGUUGCGGGGCGGAUCGUCUCUGGUCUCGUCUCGGUAGGCGAUCGCCUUGCUGCGGUACCCGGUGACGAGACGGGCCUCGUCAAAGGUGCGUCGCAUCGAGAACGCGUCGUCGAGGAUCGUAUCAACAGCUGAUAGUGACGAUGCGUAGCCAUCGAGUUGGAUGGCGAUGCUGUGCCUUGGGCAGUUGCUGGAUCGACAGUCACUUGCUUCCUGACUGGCAUCGAUCAAAUUCACGUCAAGUGAGUCGUCACGACCCAGUGUCUUGAUUUGCUUCCACCUCACACCACUUCUAUUGCGUCCCAGCAUCGGAUCCGUCUUGUGCCCGCCAAACGCACCAGUACCUCUAGUCACCACGCUGCUUGUACGCCUGCUGGUCUUUGAGCCGUCGCUACCCCUCAUGUCGGGCACCUCGCUCGAGCUUUUUCACCACUCUUCCAACAUUCCUUGCACCAUCACUUCGCUAGAACGAACGAUAGAUGCAAAGAGCGGAUCGACGCUCAAGGCGAAGCCCAGGGUGCUUUCGAGAGGCAGCACAGCCGAGGUCAGAAUCAGCAUCACGCCGACCCAAACGAGCAGAGGGUCUAGCGCUGGUGUGCCCAUCGAAAUCUUUGCAAAGAGCAGGGAUAUGGGCAGAGUGGUGCUCAGGCUUGCUGGAGAGAGCGUCGCUGCUGGCGUGGUCCUCGAAGCCGCGUAA